AUGGCGGCCGCUGCUGCUGAGGGGAGCCCGGCGGUGGGGCCGGUCGGCGGCCCGCCGCCUCUCUCUGCGGCCCCCGAGGGCGACGACGAGGAGAGCCCGGACCCGGAGUCUCCGACGGAGGCGGGGCCCAGCAGCGGCGGCGGCGCGGGCGGCAGCAGCAGCGCGGGCUUCCGCCUGACGGCGAUGCGGCGAGACCCGGCGGUGCGGCUGCAGCACGGCGUGAGCGGCCUGGAGCCGCUGGCCUGGUCGGAGGACCACCGCGUGUCGGUGAGCACUGCCCGCAGCAUCGCCGUCCUCGAGCAGCUCAGCGACAUCCACAGCGGCGCCGCCGACCUGGUCAUCCACCGCACGUCCGUGCCCGCUCCCGCCGACUCCUGUCACCUCAAGGUUGGAUCCAGAAAAGAAGUUGCUGAAUGUAAGGAAAAGUUUGCAAGUUCUAAAGAUCCCACAGUAAGCCAGUCAUUCAUGUUAGACAGGGUGUUCAAUGCUGAAGGGAAAUCACUGCCAUCUCUGCGAGGUUUCCGAUACUCCAGCUGGUCUCCACUGGGCUGUGAUGCAAAUGGCAGGUGCCUGUUGGCAGCUUUAACAAUGGACAACAGACUGACCAUCCAUGCAAACCUGAACAGGCUGCAUUGGGUGCAGCUGGUUGACUUGACUGAGCUUUAUGGGGAGCGCCUGUAUGAGAACAGCUACAAGCUUUGUAAGGGUGAAGCUCCCCGGGGAGAUUUAGGGGAUUUCUCUGAAUUCCAGAGAAGGCACAGCAUGCAGACGCCGGUGCGCAUGGAGUGGUCUGGGAUCUGCACCACUCAGCAGGUGAAGCAUAACAACGAAUGCCGGGAUGUGGGCAGUGUGCUGCUGGCAGUAGUCUUCGAAAAUGGUAACAUUGCCAUCUGGCAGUUCCAGCUUCCUUUCGUGGGCAAGGAGUCCAUCACGUCUUGUAGUACCAUAGAGUCAGGAGUAAGUUCCCCCAGUGUCUUGUCGUGGUGGGAAUAUGAGCACAACAACCGCAAGAUGAGUGGCAUAAUUGUGGGGAGUGCUUUUGGGCCAGUUAAAAUCCUCCCUGUCAACCUUAAAGCAGUCAAAGGCUACUUCACACUGAGACAGCCAGUGGUUUUGUGGCAGGAGAUGGACCAGUUGCCAGUCCACAGUAUCAAGAGCAUUCCUCUUUAUCAUCCUUAUCAAAAAUGUAGCUGCAGUUUAGUGGUGGCUGCAAGAGGAUGUUAUGUUUUCUGGUGUCUUCUCUUGAUAUCCAAAGCCGGCCUGAAUGUUCAUAACUCUCACGUGACAGGGCUCCACUCUUUGCCGAUUGUCUCCAUGGCUGCAGACAAACAAAAUGGCACCGUUUACACGUGCUCUGUUGAUGGGAAAGUAAGGCAGCUGAUUCCCAUCUUCACAGACAUUGCAUUAAAAUUUGAACACCAGUUGAUAAAGCUGUCUGAAGUGUUGGGCUCUGUGAGGACUCAUGGGAUUGCGGUGAGCCCAUGUGGAGCGUACCUGGCAGUCAUUACCACCGAAGGCAUGACCAAUGGCCUCCACCCCAUUACCAAGAGCUACCAGGUUCAGUUUGUAACUCUCAAAACGUUUGAGGAGGUGGCAGCUCAGCUCUUGGAAUCUUCUGUCCAAAAUCUUUUCAGGCAGGUUGACUUGACAGACCUUGUCCGCUGGCAGAUCUUGAAGGAUAAGCACAUCCCACGGUUCCUACAAGAAGCCCUGGAUAAAAAGAUUGAGAGCUUUGGGUCUACUUACUUUUGGAGGUUCAAAUUGUUCCUCUUGCGGAUCUUGUACCAGUCCUUGCAGAAGACCCCCUCGGAGGCCUUGUGGAAACCUACGCACGAGGACACGAAGGUUUUGAUUGUGCACUCUCCUGGCACGGAAGAGCAUCUGCGAGACGAGCGGCCUUCAGAGCAGGGCGGCAAGCGUAAGCCGAGCGAAGCAAGCCGAGGAGAGGACGGGGAUGAUCCGGCAGAUGACUCACUUGCUCACUCAAGCGACAGAGGAGGGCGGGAGCCCAUGGAAGAAAAGCUUCUCGAAAUCCAGGCGCAGAUUGAAGCUGUUGAGAUGCAUUUGACACGGGAACAUAUGAAACGGGUGCUGGGCGAAGUCUACCUGCACACGUGGAUCACAGAGAACACCAGCAUUCCCACGAGGGGGGUGUGCGACUUCUUAAUGUCCGACGACAGCUAUGAUGACAGGACGGCGCAGGUGCUGAUUGGGCAUAUUUUAAAGAAAAUGAACAAACAGACUUUCCCAGAGCACUGCAGCUUGUGCAAAGAGAUCCUGCCCUUCACAGAUCGCAAGCAGGCAGUUUGCUCCAGUGGACACAUUUGGCUCAGAUGCUUUCUAACCUAUCAGUCCUGUCAGAGCCUGGUCUACAGAAGAUGUCUGCUUCGGGACAGCAUCGCCCGGCAUCCAACCCCAGAGGAUCCAGAGUGGAUCAAGAGGUUAUUGCAAGGCCCUUGUACUUUCUGUGACUCUCCUGUUUUCUAGAGAACGGCUCAUGGUGAAGAUCUGCAAGUUACUUUCUCGAGGGCACGAAUCACCAUCCAGUCUGAGAGCUGCUGGAGGGUGCAGGCGUGUAGUGGCUCAAGGGGGAAUUGUCAAAUAGAACUGGAUGAGCUGAGCAGCAAAGGGGUGCUGUGUCCCAUUUUCAGCCUGAGAGGCAGCAAGGCCUUCUCAGAGUCAGAGCACUGCAGCAUAACCCUUUGGAAACCAUUCUGCUUCCCAGCCCCUCCUAGAUGUGGGGGCCCUCUUCUUGUGUCCUUUGGGCACAUGGGGUCUUGACAGCAGGCUGAAAGCCCUCAUUGUGAACUGCUGCUUGGUGGAUCAGCAGGAUACCAGCUGCAAAGCUUCGUGUGCAAGUGAGCUUUGAAAAAGCAUAGGCACUUGCUGUACCAGAGACUAUUAAAUUAUUAGAAAUAAUGUGUGGUUUUAAAAAAUAUUUUAAGAUGUCUUGCAUGCCAGUGGUACUCAUGAAAGAAAAGUUGGCUAUUUUGCUACUGUUGUUGUUACCAAGUCCUGGGGCUACUGGGGGUUCUUUGGAGGAAUCUUCAGGAAUCUCUGUGCCAAAUACCAGGUGUGAAGUUUUAAAGGCUUGAUUAAGCUAUGUUAGCAAUGAGGUAAGUCAUGCAGUUGGAUGCCCUAGGCUAAAAUUUGGAACAUCUGAUAUUUUUAACUCCCAGUGAUUUUUCUUUCUCUUCCAGACUAGAUCUGUCAUAUAAUCACCUCAGAUCUGAUGCUGAUGCAUUGUACCCUUCCAGUCUUUUUGAAAAAAUUAUGUCUACACUAUGCCAGGAGUUUCCCCCUUUCCUCCAGUUGCAAUGCCACUUGUAGACUGAGACAUUCUUUGUAGCGUUGGGAUGGGGGGCAGUAAAUACGUUAAAAAUGAAAUGGAGUUAGUCAAAGUUCUGUAGCAGUUCACUCUAUGAAAUGAGAAUAUCUAGCCUGGUAAUGAACCCCCCACAAAAUCAGUUUGUUCUUUCAGCCUCACUAUUAGGUUGAUUUACACAUAUGGGAAACUGUUGUGACAGAGGUGGAAACCAACACCACAUUGGACUGCAGGCAGGGGGUGACAUUUUCCAUGCUUUCAUUUGUAAGUUUUUUUUAAAAGCAAAAUGCUCCCUGCCAAGCAGGUGGAGGGGCUGAACUGGCUCCUUCCUCUCCUCGCUGCAAGGUAUGUUCUUGAAAGUAGGUUUUUAAUGCUUUUUUCUGUAGGAGAUGAUUACAAAAUGGUGGACUCC